AUGUCACGUUGCAAUGUGACAGAGGCGGAUCCUAUCGAGAUAGAAUGUGUAUUGGAGAUAAAAGGAAGAAAAAUAGUGGAUCUCGAAAAAAACUUGACUCACAACCAUGAACCGUCUACUGAUAUCUCUGGGCAUCCAUCAUUUCAUCGAUUAUCACCAAAUGAUGUACAAAGUGUAAAAAACAUGACACUUUCUGGCAUACCCCCAAGGCAAAUUCUUUCUUUUUUGCGUCAACAAAAUCCAAACCUUCCAGCAGUCUCACGAACUAUAUACAAUCUGAAGGCUAAAAUCCGCAAGCAAAACUUGGGAAAUCGAUCAACGAGAGAGGAUGAAGAUAGUUAUAUUUGGGCAUUAAGUGUGUUUAAGAAGACUCUUGAAAACCAUGAACCAUCUGUGAUUAUGUCUGACAGAGAGUUAGCAUUAAUGAAUGCCAUAAAUAUGGUAUUUCCGAACACAACAAACCUUUUGUAUAUUUGGCAUAUUGAAAAGAAUGUGUUGGCAUAUUGCAAAAAGCAUUUUGCACAUGGAGAAGAGUUUGAUCUAUUUAUGUCCAAUUGGAAUAAUACGAAGAAAGUUGCAAUUGAGUACAUAAAAAAUACAUGGUUGCCAUGGAAGGAAAAGUUUGUUAGUGCCUGGACAGAAAAAUAUUUGCAUUUUGGUAAUCGGUCGUCAUCAAGGGCUGAAGGUGCUCAUGCCAAACUGAAACAAUAUCUACAAGUAUCAACAGGUGGCUUUCAAGAUGUUACAGAAAAGAUUUGUCUUGCAAUCAAACAUGAAUUCAACGAGAUUAAAGUGCAACUAGCAAGUGAGAAAAUCCAAGUUCUACGUACAAUGACUCCUUGCACCGGUCAUUUUAUGGCAAUAAUGGGUCUUCCUUGUGCUCACAAGAUAAAACACUUACAAGGAAUGACAAUUCCAUUAGAUCUCAUUCAUCCACAUUGGAAGAUUGAUACAUUACGACUGAAUUUAGAAGAUGAUUCACAUAAUGAUGACAUGAAAGAAUUUGACGAGUUGAUCAAUGAGUUGUCCUCAAGAUACAAAAUGUGGCCUCUAAGUAAGAAAGAAUUUGCUACUUCUAUGAUUACUAAACUUUUGAGUGAAUCUAAUACGUUUUUUGAGCCUACGAUUCGUCAACCAAAGGGUAGACCUCCAAAAUCAAAAAAGAAAAGAGGAAUGACUUCUACAACACGAGAACCUUCAAGAUUUGAGCAUGUGGAAUCAUCACAAACACAACAAACUUCAAGUUCUACUCGUGUCUUCCAAAGGAACAGUGGAGUGUAUGAUAAUGUUGGUCAUAUAAGUCAUGAAAACAAUUUACUUGAUCUAUAUUCACACCCGACUUUUUCAAGUGAUGAUAUGCCAUACGAAUAG